CCUUCACCUUCCAGCCUCUGCUGACCACACCUCCCCUAGCGCAGAGGCUGCCCCGAGAGCAGGAAAUGCUGUACCAGCACAGCCGGCUCCCCGGGAUCCUGGUCUGACUGCUAGGAUGGAGGUGGGGCCGGCAACCAAGACCUUCGUGCUGGAGCUGAGAUGUCUUGAGGAUGGGGGCCCAGGGCCUGACACCCUCUCAGGUGGCAGCGGUGGGAGCGAGAGUCAGGAGGAGGAAGAGGCUCAGGAGGACAGGAGCAGCCCCCAACAGCCAGCAAUCACAGCCCCAACAGAGGCCAGGGAAAUCACUGAGGGAGCCCGGCUGGAACAACAGGAGUCACAACAGUCAGAACAGCAGCCAGAGCUGCAACAACAGCCACAGCCUGAGCAGCUGCAAGAGCAGCAACCACAAAACCAACUAUUACGACAUCAGCCAGAAUUGCAACAGCAGCAGCAGCAGCAGCAGGAUGGGCAACAGCAGCUAUCUCAACUACAGCAGGAACUACAGGAAAAACACCAAUCCAUGCAGCAUCAGGAACUGAAACCAGAACUGCAGCAAAUGCAACAGCAACAACAGUUACAGGAACAGCAAGUGCAAGAGCAACAGCUAUUACAGCAGCAGCAUGAACAGUUACAACAGCAGCAAGUGCAAGAGCAACAGCAGCAACAGCAGAAACAGUUACAGCAGCAGCAAGUGCAAGAGCAACAGUUUUUGCAGCAACAGCAGGAACAGUUACAGCAGCAGCAAGUGCAACCAUUGUUGCAGCAACAGCAAGAACAGUUACAGCAGCAGCAAAUGCAACCAUUGUUGCAGCAACAGCAGCAACAGUUACCGCAGCAGCAACAGUUACUGUUGCUACAGCAGCAGGCACAAUUACAGCAGCAGCUGUUGCAGCAGCAGCAGGCACACUUACAGCAGCAGCUGCUGCAGCAGCAGCAGGUACAGUUACACCAGCAGCUAUUGCUGCAGCAGCAGGCACAGUUACAGCAGCAGCAACAGCAGCAGCUGUUGCAACAGCAGCAAGAACAGUUGCAACAGCAGCAGCUGCAGCCCCCUCCGAUGGAGCCAGAGGAGGAGGAAGAGGUGGAGCUGGAGCUCAUGCCUGUGGACCUGGAGUCGGAGCAGGAGCAGGAGCUGGAGCAGCAGCGGCAGGAGCUGGAGCGGCAGCAGGAACUGGAGCGGCAACAGGAACUGGAGCGGCAGCAGGAGCAGAGGCAGCUGCAGCUGAAACUGCAGGAGCAGCUGCAGCAGCUGGAGCAACAGCUAGAACAGCAGCAGCAGCUGGAGCAGCAGCAGCUGGAGCAGCAGGAAGUGCAGCUGGAGCUGACCCCCGUGGAGCUGGGCGCCCAGCAGCCAGAGCUGCAGCUGGAACUGGUGCCCGCUGCAGGGGGCAGCGGGGCGGCUGUGCCGGGGGCUCCUGCCGCGGUCGUGGUGGCCCCGCCGGGCUACGUGGUGCUGCAGGAGCUCAUGGUGCUGCCCGCCGUGGCCACGCCGACCGUGGUGGCCAUCCCGGGCCCGGCGGGCAGCGCGGCGCUGACACCUGCGCGGCAGCGGAGGCGGCGGCGCGCCCGGGACCGGCCGACCAUCUGCGGGGAGUGUGGCAAGGGCUUCAGCCGCAGCACGGACCUGGUGCGGCACCAGGCCACGCACACGGGCGAGAGGCCGCACCGCUGCGGCGAGUGCGGCAAGGGCUUCUCGCAGCAUUCGAACCUGGUGACGCACCAGCGCAUCCACACGGGCGAGAAGCCCUACGCCUGCUCCUACUGCAACAAGCGCUUCAGCGAGAGCUCGGCGCUCGUGCAGCACCAGCGCACGCACACGGGCGAGCGGCCCUACGCCUGCGGCGACUGCGGCAAGCGCUUCAGCGUGUCCUCCAACCUGCUGCGCCACCGGCGCACGCACUCGGGCGAGCGGCCGUACGUCUGCGAGGACUGCGGCGAGCGCUUCCGCCACAAGGUGCAGAUCCGCCGCCACGAGCGCCAACUGCACGGCGCCGGCCGUUCGAGGGGCCUCGGCCUGCUGCGUGCCCCGCGGCCCGCAGCCCCCGGAGGUCCCCCGCGCGCCGAGCAGGCCACUGCGCCCACCGACAAGGCUCCGUGAGCCGCGGAGCCACGCUGCCUGCGGGAAGCCCCACACCUAGGGCGCAGGGGGAGGACACCUUGACCCCGGCGCGUGGUCGCUCGCUGGAGACAUCUUGGAAUGGCCUUGGGGGAGGCCAGCUUCCAUAGUGGCCCGGAGUCCCUGAAAGUACGGGGUUCACACGUCAUCCCCCAAAACGAUCCUCAAGAGAAAAGCCCAACUGGGGCAGAAACAGCACGUGGGACACAUUUGUUCCUGAGCAGCGUGGCCAAGAGGGCUGCCCAGUGAGAAACGAGAGCCACAGAGGAAACUCUCAGCCACAAUUGGUGACAUUUCAUGCGGACACGAACCAGGGAAUCAAACACAUGUCGUGAAAUGAGCAUGGGAAAGAUUUGAUCCUGGUGAAAUUAUUUCAAGGAGAAAAACGGGCAAAAAAAGGAAACUUUAUGUGCACUAUG